UCCAAUUGGCUCUGGGACUUCCGGCUUCUCUCUCGGUAGAGAUGAACAAAACAGACGAAAUCAAUACAAUUAUAAAUCGAUAUUUGGAUUAGGCUGAGGAUACAUUUAACUCCUCCGAAGGUUCAGUUAGUUGCCACAACGUUAUACCCCCUACUUGCCGUGUGGGAUUAGCCAGUAACUGCCGGCUGCCAACUCAAGUGGAUUAUUUUUCUCGAAGCUGAUUGCAGCCAUGAUGGCGUCAAGCUACAAUGCUAAGGAAGAGGACGGACACCACUCUGGUUCGUCGUCUCACGGCGGGCCAGGGGCUGUAAAAAGCAAAAAACCGGACAACACUGCAUUUAAACAGCAAAGACUACCGGCCUGGCAGCCCAUCUUGACUGCAGGCACCGUGCUGCCUGCUUUCUUUAUUAUCGGUCUCAUCUUCAUUCCCAUCGGCAUCGGCCUGUUUGUGACAUCGAACAACAUCAAAGAGUUCGAGAUUGAUUAUACUGGUGUGGAUAGUAACAGUCCAUGCUACGACUGCGCCAAAAACCUAAGCUGGAAUAGCUCCACACCCUGUUUCUGUACUGUGGAAUUCACGUUAGAGCAGCCGUUUGAGAGCAAUGUCUACAUGUACUACGGCUUAUCCAACUUCUAUCAGAACCAUAGACGUUAUGUGAAGUCGAGAGAUGACAUCCAGUUGAAUGGUGAUCUGUCUGCUUUGAAGAGCCCCAGCAAAGAGUGUGAGCCGUACCGCACCAGUGACGGAGUGCCCAUCGCUCCAUGUGGGGCCAUAGCUAACAGCCUUUUCAAUGACACUCUGGAGCUGUAUCAUGUUGACUCCAAUGGCACCAGAAAUCCAGUUCCUGUAGCAACAAAAGGCAUUGCAUGGUGGACAGACAAGCAUGUGAAGUUCAGGAAUCCUGGUGGAAACAGCAACCUAACUGCAGCUUUUAAAGACACUUCUAAGCCGGUGAAUUGGAGAAAGCCAGUGUACGAGUUAGACCCAUCAGAUCCCGAUAACAACGGCUUCAUCAACGAGGACUUCAUUGUGUGGAUGCGAACAGCUGCACUACCCACCUUUAGGAAGCUCUAUCGCAUCAUCCACAAGAAACCGAACACCACCCCAACUCUACCCAGUGGCAAAUACAUCUUAAACAUUACUUACAAUUACCCUGUGCUCUCCUUUGAUGGUCGCAAGCGAAUGAUUCUGAGCACCAUCUCCUGGAUGGGAGGAAAAAACCCCUUCCUUGGCAUUGCCUACAUCACUGUGGGCUCCAUCUGCUUCUUCCUGGGUGUAGUUCUGCUCAUCAUUCACCAUAAAUAUGACAGCCGCAGCAACAGUGCUGAUAUUCCAAACUGAACGGUUCCCGUGUUGUGUAUUCAAGUCUCUGCAUGCAUAGAAGACCCUAAAGGGUCCGUUCUGGCCUGCUUGUUCGUUUUAGCUUGAAUACUUGUUAUUGUCUGUGGCGGGGUUGCAGAAAAGUGGUUUUGUCUCAAGCGUUACAUCAUAGCCAUGUUUAUGUGUUGGUCAUCUGUGUGUCUAUUAUUUAUCUACAUAUUACAAAGUUUUUAUUUGUCAGUGCUUUGCGAAUGGCUUAAUUGAAUGAUGUAUAUAUUCUUUAAUGCAAACGUCUGUCCAAAAUAUGUACUGAAACAUGUCCUGCUGAUGAAUGUACCAUGUUUAUUGGACAUACCUCUGUGGUUUUGGAGAUUACCUUGGUUACAGAAUGGGAUUAUCUUUGCUUGUUUGCCCUUAAUUCAGGUACACAUUGAUGUUUAACAAUAAGUAUUUAAUCCUUGGAUAAUAUUGACAAUAUUAAUGACAAAUACCUACCAUCUACUCCUACUGAUGUUAUUCUAUGCUGAGCCUGUCUUCCUUAAUUUACGACAAAAUACCCGUUUAGGAAGAAACAUUACAGUACUAUCCUCACUAGGUUAUUAAAUAUUCUGAUAUUCCUUAUUUUAAAACUUUUGAGAUUUGUCUCUGAAUAGUAAAAGUUCAGUAAUUUAUCAUUUUCCUCUAGUUUGGCCUGAGUGUUAAGUCAUCUUAAAAUCUUUCAUGUUGAAUUAAUGAUAUGCACUUUACAAGUGUCAUGUUUGUUCAUUAUUUUCCCUUUUGUUCCACAAACCAGAUCUUGUUCCUGAUUUAUUGAAAAUGAGAAAACUGUUUGAAUUUUAAAUUAUUGGGUUUUAUAAAGUUUAUAGGAUCUAUUAAAGAGCUUGGUCAAUUUGG